GAACAAACGGGAAAAUGGAAGAUCUAGAAAGACGCAAAGCACGCAGGAUAGAGCAGAUGGUAGCAAAAUGGCUACGUCGAUCACGGAUUAAUUUAGGCAGAGGGAGAGGAUCACUGUCAGAUGGCAGUAGGCAACCUGCAAGUCAUGUCAAACUCACAGUGGAAGUUCAAAAAGAUGUUCUACUUGGACAUUAUGGCAUUGAAGUUUCUCAUAAUUUCCCCCUUUUUAUCACAUCAGUUGCUGCAGGCAGCACUGCUGAUGGGAAGCUUCUGCCAGGGGAUCACAUCUUUGCAAUAAACAACGACGCAGCAGAAGAGCUCACUGGUGUACAAGCCGCUGCUCUUUUAAGGGAAUCGCAAGGCACUCUCCAGUUUACAGUUCUGCGAUGCAUCUCGGGUGGCCCUAAAUCAUCCUUUCUUACAGCGGAAAAAAGAGCCAGGCUAAAAACAAAUCCUGUUAAAGUCCAUUUUGCGGAAGAAGUUGCUGUGAAUGGACAUAAUCAGGGAAGUUCUCUUCUGUGUAUGCCCAAUGUUCUCAAAGUCUAUUUAGAAAAUGGACAGACUAAAGCUUUCAAGUUUGAAGCAAACACAACAGUCAAGGAUAUUAUACUCACUUUGAAAGAAAAGCUGUCCAUUCAAAGCAUUGAACAUUUUGCCUUGGUUUUGGAAGAACAGCAUAAUAUAUUGAAGAUGGGUCUCCUGCAUGAUGAUGAGCUCAUUGAACGGGUGGUUCAGAGGAACGAAUCUCAUGCUUUUCGAUGCCUCUUCAGAGUCUGCUUUAUGCCCAAGGAUCCAUUACAUCUCUUGCAGCAAGAUCCAGUUGCUUUUGAGUAUCUCUAUUUGCAGAGCUGUAGUGACGUGCUUCAAGAAAGGUUUGCUGUUGAGAUGAAGUGCAGUGUUGCGUUACGGCUGGCCGCCUUGCAUAUGCAAGAACGGAUGAUCACCUGCGCUCAGCCACAGAAAGUCUCACUAAAGUAUAUUAAGAAGGAUUGGGGAAUAGAAAACUUUAUUUCCCCAACUCUACUCCGAAACAUGAGAGGCAAAGACAUCAAAAAAGCUAUCAGUUUCCACAUGAAGAGGAAUCAUAUUUUGCUGGACCCAAGGCAAAAGAAUCUCCUUUCCGCAGCUCAAGUGCGAUUGUGUUAUCUGCAGAUUCUUGGAGACCUAAAACUCUAUGGAGGGAAAGUCUUUAAUGCCACGCUCAUGCUACAGGACAGAGAGACAUGCAUUGUCUUGCUGGUGGGAGCCAAAUACGGAAUCAGUCACGUGCUUAAUACCAAACUCAGCUCCGUAAACUUGCUGGCAGAAUUUGCCAACAUAAGCAGACUGGAGCUCACUAAAGAAUCCGAGAAAGUAAGCACGGUGAAGAUCUACCUCCAAGAUAUAAAGGUACUCACUGUGCUGCUGGAGUCCAAAAGUGCCAAAGAUCUGGCUUGUCUCAUCAAUGGUUACUACAGAAUGCUUGUAGAUUCAAGCAGCUACAUAUUCACCUGGGAGGAGAGAAAAACUCAAAUGCACCGGAUCUCUGCCGAGGAAGGAUAUGAAUCUAGAACCUGCAGUGACUCUGAAGAAUCUUCUGAGCCAGAUUCCUCCUUCGACCGUUUCUCAGACACACAUUCACCUAGGUACAGCAGUAUUAGCCCCCCAAUUGAGGAGAAAGGAGAGGAGCAAGAGCUGGAGCAAGAAAAGAAGACCCCAGAGGCCAAAGAAACGAGCUUUUGCAAUGGUUACAACAGAAGCGAUAGCUUUUCGGAAGCGUCUGACUCAGCCAACACAGAAAGCAAGGGGCUGAAGUCCAGUGGCUCAAGUGACUCUCUGGAUGCCUUGGAAGAAGAUGACUUAGAAGCAUGCUCAGCAAGCAGGCCAGAGAUUUUUCAGUUUUGUAACUCUGCUCUUCAGAAAUUGGCGUAUAAUGACAAGAUGCUUUUUGGUGCUGAUGGAGACGAGGAAAGCAGAACAUCACAAGAAAGUUUUUUUCCUUUCCUCCUGCCACCCCUGGUAUCCAGUCCGGGUCUUCCACAGCCAGAAGAGGAAUCCAGAAAAGAAACCGGUGUGAGUAUUCUAGAGUCCAAGUUGGCCAAAAGCAACGUCAUGGAGUACUACAGCCUCUGUGCCAAUCUCUCCCCAGCCAGCAGUGGGGGGAAGAAUACACAGAGUUGCAGCCCCGAAAGCUGCUCUUUGCAGGAGCCUGAAGACCAUGAAAAAAUCAGUGAGGGCCAGACUCCUGUCUUUGUCUUGACAUCUCCCUCUGGCUUUGAAAAGACUAAUUCAGAUGAUAACGUCUGUGAUGCAACUGAAAGGAUGACCCCAACAGAGCCACAAGCAGGUUCUGAAAUUCCACCCCUACCUCGUUCCCCAGGGCUGCCAUCCUUUGGCAGUUUGGACGAAAACAUCCUGUCAAGGCAAAGCAGAAGGAUGAAACCCAGGCCAGAAAAAGAGCCAACAUCUGCUAAUAAUUUGAGGAAAAGAAGGUCCUUCCUUGAGACAAAUUAUACUUCCCAAGUUAGUUUCCCCAAAGCUUUACCCUGUGCCCUGGAAACCGAUGUUUGUUACAGUAGAGAUGCCACCCUUUCAGGAGCAUCUGCUGCUGAGAGUUUACUGAAGGAACCCCAGCAAAUUUCCAGGCUUCUUGAAGCCACACAGAAAAUCCAGGUGGUCCAAAAUUCAACCUCAUCAUCUGACGCAACAGAAAUGGGGCAGAAUUCAUCAGGACCCAAUGCAGUUUUGUGCCUGGCCUCUGCCCAGGCAAGUGGAGGAAGUUUAGACUCGAGUGAUUACUCUUUAAAUUCUUUUUAUAUGCCCCCCCACCAGAGUCACCAUUUAAGUACACCAGAAAUUGCUUUUCACCAGGAAGAUCUUGAUCCCACUUGCAAAGGCAAAACAGAAAAACUUACAGAAAUAGCUAGAGGGGUUCAGGGACAUUGUGAAGUAAAGGCAGAGUGUUCCGUAAAACAAGCACUUGAUAAAAAACCGGGCACAAUCAACCGGGUAAAACAAGCACUUGAUAAAAAACCGGGUACAACUCCAGCAGGAGUCAGUUAUGUUUUGAUUGAGGAAAUAAUACACACUACCACCAAACCUUCAGCGUCUCUGAACAGCAUCCAAGACAAACCUUUGUCUUUUGCCCCAGACUUGGACCUGGGUUCUCUGCCUGCAGAGAAAGAUGAGAAACAGGAACAAGUUGUUUUAGAUCCCUGCAAGAGAGAUUCCGUCUUGUGUGAAUCCAGCCAGGCCCUCGGAGACUUAAAGCUUGAAGAAGGUAUCAGCCAAUUGUCAAAUAAGGGAGAUGAGAAACAUCUGGGGAUUUCAAAUGUAACUGAACUAUUUUUCAACUGCAGUGAUACAUCAGGCCAAAUAUGCUGGCCCAAUUUCAGUUCAGCAGCAGAAAAUGCACAAAUCUGUCAGCAAGCAGAUAAGGAGUGCCAGGGAAUCACUAGCCAAAAUGGCCUGGGUGUUAAUAAUUUAUCUUUAAAAGAUGGGGUGAUAAAUCAAGUCCCAGCCCACUUAUCAGCCAUGAGUAUGUCUCAUAAUCUGUGCCCAUCUACUGAUGUUACUGGUGACUAUAAAACAGAGGGGAAAAACCUCAGGGGAGAUGCUCUCAUUACAGAUUAUAAAAAUAAGAGAUACAGUUCGCUAAUGGCUUCCUCAGAGGAGAACACAGAACAGAGUGAAACUGAUAAUUCAGCUGGACGGAGUUACCCUUCCUUUGACAGACCCAGUGAGGGAAACUGUACUUCAGAUCUAUCCUUUCUGACCUCUGACAAUGCAACUGGGGGUGCAGUGGCAUUUAGUGAUACAGGUCCACCAGGUUUAGUGAAUUCUGAGGAAACAUCUACACCCAGACCGAAACCAGAGAGAUGCAGCUGCCAGUUUUCUUAUGCAAGCUGUUUCCAUGGGGUAGAAAAUGAAGCAGAAUUGGACUGCACCAAACCCUUUGCAAGUAGCAUUUCUGAAGGACCCUUAACAACUCCACCUUCAACAAGAAAUCCACUGCCUUCAGAUUUUAAUCCCACCAGGCGCCUUCAAGAACAUACCUAUACGAAUGGGGGCCCCAGUGAUUCUCAGAAUCACAGAUACCUUCCAGAAUUACCUAUCAAAGAACUGAGCUAUAUGAAAGAAAAAUGGUCUGUCUUGCCAUUCGACUUCUGCCAUUUGUUAGGGGAUGUGGUAGAGCUACAGGAAGUUUUAAGGUGGUCUUCGGGAAACCAAAGAAAACAUCCAGAGGAUCAAUGUGCUGCCCUUUUUUCCGAAAACAAGAAUGCCUUGUAUGCGGAAUCACAGAGAUUGCUGUCUAAUUGCCAGAAGAUUAUCAAAGCACCAGGGCCUUCUCCAGAGACACAAAUGAUAGUUCAAAAGACCUUCCAAAACCUCCUUCAGUUGACAGAAGUAUGCUUACAGUUCACAGACUGUGGCCUUUGCAGUAAUGGGCACAUAGACCUUAAAACCAACCUGAGGGAUGUUUUGUGUAGCUAUCAACAGUUUUUGGAGGCAUGUAGGCAAACCCAUGAGAAGGAUUACUCCAGCCUAAGCCUAAAACUAUGUGUCUGCCAAUAUACGGCCCUCACGGCUUCCCUUUUCUGCCUUGUACAGCAGUUCAUAGCUUCAUCCUGCACAUGAGAUGGAUUUGCUGUCUCUUCCUGCUUCUCCUUUCUUUGCACUAACAGUACAACUCUUGUUGAAUUCAUUAUAAAGAGAGAAUUAGCUAUUUUGAAAACUUGCGUAUUUUUUUGUGACCUUCUGAGUUGGCUUGAUAAAUGUAUAACCCUGGGAGAUUCUAAUAAAAACGGGAUGUGUAAAAGAAUGGCUGAAGGAACUGAGGCAA